GCAUAUCUACCUACCUACACCAACUGCAUCAUCUCAAAACGUCUAUCCCGCCUUGUUCACGACCUCUCACCCUCGUCAGUUAUACCCGGACGUUCACCACCUCGACCGCCCUCUUGUCUCUGGCUCCAACUUGCGCCCCGCUUCUUCUGGCGCGCUACCAAGCACAGUCUCACUUUUCGGCUCCCUCUCCUUCUCUCGCUUCUCUCUGGCACUGCGCUUCGGCUUCGGACUCUCGACACUACUGCCGCUCCGCGCCGCGCCCGACGGGGCCAACCCUCCCUACAGUCGAGCAACACGCCACGACCCGCGACCCGCGAGCACCUUAAAACUCGACGUCCCCCUCGACGUCGCCGCGAGGCCAUGUUGGAACCCCAGGCCAUGCGAGGCCCAAUGGACCAAACCGUCGCCUAUGGACAUUCACGAUCACGAACCACCUCAUCAAACACCUUCCCCAUGCAGUUCCAGACACAACACCUCGCCCACCCGGGCCCCAAUCCAAUGCAGAACCGCCGCUCACCGUCGGUGAAUACGUUUAGCAGCAUCGGCAGCAUCCCACCUCCUGCAGCUUACCGCAACUCGUCACAGAGCGAGCUCCGUCGCUCAACCUCGAGCCGCUCCGGUGGAGCCAGCCCCCAGCCCUCCAGCUAUGUCGCGCUUCUGCGGAAACAAAAGGGAACCGUCUGGUGCGAUCGCGCCCAGUACGAGGACCCCAGAAUGCUCGCCCAGCAGCGUGCGGCAAAGAUGCGUGCGGCCCUCGAGGUCGUCGGUGGAGCCCGCGGCAGCAGCUCCUAUGGCCCCGGCGGUGCCGGCGGACGAACCAGCACAGGCCUUAGCACUACCAACAAGGUCGCGGCAAAGAUCCCCAAGAUUCGACACCACGGAAAGACACCUGUGGUUGGCUACGCGCCCGGCGAGAACCACGUCGGCGUCGGGGGAGUUCCCAUGCGGCUGAGCGCCACCGAGGUGGAGGCUGAGAGUAGUGACGACGAGAACACACCCAGCACGACCCGCCCGCACCACCGUAGGACGGGUAGCAGCGGACGGAGCAGCACAACGAGCAGCCGUAGGAACCUCGCAUAUCGAUCAUCUGGAGGAAUGGGCAGCCAGCACGGCCGGCGAUGGAGUCCCGGUGAUACCCCCGAGCGCACUGGCAGCUUGGUCGAGACUAUGCCCGAAGAUAUUGUCGACGACGGUGCCAGCGGCAAGGCUCGCAGCACGAGGAGUGGCAGCAGCGCUGAGCGCGCCGACAACGUGGGCGAGCUGGGCAAUGCCCCGAGACUGGCUUCCAAUUCACUGAUGCACUCAGCUCUUACUAGAGAAAAGAGCGUGAAAUCAGCGGAUGAGCUCAGGAGACGUGGAAGUGUCGACGAGCGAACAUCAACACUUACAUCUGGACGCCUCUUCAUCGCCAACCCUGAUUAAGGGGGCGUUCUAAUUCGACGAGAUAUAUACUAUUCGGCCAUGACAGUUCAUGUAUCAUGUCACGACAGGCUGGGCAAAUGGGGUUUCUUAUGUUGUUCAUUCGUUAACACACACCAUCACACUUCGGAUCGAAGGGUGGACUUGCAUCAGUCGGCGUUCUAGCAUUGCUUUGUACUAUCUACCUAUCGUUUGGUUUCUCACAACCCACUGUCGUUUCCAAGGGUUCAGAUACCCCCCAACGAAUCUUCUUUUUCACAUCUCUCGCUAUAUCAUGUUUCCACCUUUCUGAUGGAACGAAGUGUGUGCAUUCGGAGCGGGGCCUCCACUGUCGUUGAUGGGCUUUUUAAUGUUUGAAAGAUACCUCUCUAGCCAGGACUCAAGACACAGAAAAGUAUGCUUAAUGAAAACUCGACUCCUGAGUCUCGUUGGAGACUUUGGA